CUUCCAAUUUCCAUGGCAGAUCCGACCUCCGCCGAGAAUUCCAAACCGCCGUCGUCAGCAAUAAUGGAAUCAAAGCCGCCGCCGCCGCACCCGCUCCACCAGAUCGCGGAGGCGCCGACGCAUCGCCUCCUGCUAAAGCAGUGGCUGAAGGAGGAGGAGCUCAUCCUCAACCGGAUCUCGCUCAAGGAAACGCAGAUCGAUUCCACUCGUAAGGAAAUAACUCAGCUCUACUGCCUCUUCUUCCUCUUCCACUCCACCGCUCUCCUCCUCCUCUUCAACGCCGCCACCGCGCGCGGCGCCGCCGCCAAUUUCUGCCGGAGAUCGUGGAUUCCGUCGCUCUGCUCUCUGGUCUGCUCGCUAGGGUUCAUAUGGGCGAUCCGUUACAAAAACGACGUCGAAUGCCACCUGGAGAAGCUUCUAGAACGGGAGGAGGAGGAUUCUGCGCUGCUGGGGAAGUGCGUGGAGGAGCUGAGGAAGAAAGGCGUGGAGUUCGAUUUGAUGAAGGAGGUCGACGCCCUGAGAAGGGCUAAGAGCCUCCGGGUGGGGUCGAACCCGGUUCGGAAAUGGUCCGGCCGGGACUUCGUUACCCUCUUUUUCUUCUCCGUCUCCUGCUUGGUGUUGGGCCUCACCAGGGUUAUUUUGUGCAGUUAG